ACAACUAGAAUCUCUUUUCCGAAUAAAAAAAAAAAAUUCCCAAAAAAAAUCGGUUUUUUUCGUCGGGAGAAGAAGAAAGGAGAAUAAAAGGAGCGGGAGUGCAGGGAAAAAGAGCGGUUUAGUGUUUGUCCGAUAGAGAGAGACAUACAAAACCUCACUGAGACAGUGUUAGCCUGCCCCCCCUCCCCCCUGCCCCUCCGUCGCCCCCCUCAACACACACUAUUUACCAUGUAUUGAAGUGAGAAGGAUAUAUUAAGGUUUUAGAGGGAGUGAAAACGCUCUUUGGAGCUGUACUGGUACUUCCAGAGUGCUAUCCGACGUCAAAAUGUCGCUGAAAACGCCAACGCGGAGGGAGUAAUUGUUCGUUGGAUUGGAUCAUUCGAAAUAAUUGAGAGACGUUAAAAACAUUCAGGGGGAAGUGUGUUGAGACCACGAAGGAAUAAAAUGGUGUCGACUCGUCAGUCGAGUAACAUGGGCAGUGGAAGCAGCUCUGGGAGGGUCAGUGAGCCCGUUGAGGCUGGACCAUCACGUAGACAUCACACUCAGGUUAACACUGGCUCUGCUGGUAGUGCUCACUCGUCCCCUGAACCAGCACCAGUUCAGAAUAUCAAUCUUCUCAAUCUCCCACCUGAAUUACUCGACAAAAUUAUCUCUUCGUUUGAUCUCAAUACUGUGGCACAACUGCGUUUGGUUUGUCGUCAAUUCAACAUGGUAUGUGGCUUUCGACUCAACACGACAUUCCAGCGUCUGCAGUCGCAGAUGCUGUCGCGUUUUCAGUCGAUAAAAGCUCAGAUGCCACGUCGAGAGUCAGCCAGACGCAAUCAUCCACUCGCCUGUGAGUGCGACAUCAUCGAGACACUCCACAUGAGACUCACUCUCCUUCAAAUGAGCUUUGGAAAGCACAUCGAGAGAAAGCACUGCUGCUUCUUCCCAGGAGAGAUUCUGGACGAAGUUUAUCGUAUUCUGCAUUACAUCAAGAUAACAGCCAAGCUAACAAAGCCUUAUAAAGUUACUGACGAACUUUUUGAUUUAACUACGAUGGCUAUGGAGUACUUUAAAGAAAAGAUUGAACCUACUUUACCAGAGAUUUCGUACUUUGGGCCUGAUUUUCUGGAUCUUGCUGGUACUUUUUCAUCAUCAAGCAGUGUUUCCAAACCCUUCAUCUGUCUGGACUCAGCCCCCCUGAGUGGUGACAGUAACAAAGACAGUGGCAGUGGUGGUGAAUGUUCCCCCAGCCACAGACCCGAGGAUCCAGGUCUCAUGGGCAAUAACGUGCCACCACCACAGUCCAACAUGUUCUUACGUAAACGCAUCCGCAAGAUCAAACAGGGCAUGAAGAGGUACAAUAGCCAGCUCUCGAUGAUGCGCAGAGAUCUGAGGAAUUGCAAGGUUAAAAUCGCUGACCAGCAGAAGCAGAUUGUUGAGUAUGCCAAUCGUCUUGAUGAUCACGAUAAGAAGAAUGAGGAAACAUCACGCAAAUUCAGCACUUUACUCCAGGUAUUUACUAAGGAACUCAACAAAUGCAAGACAGAGUUGCAAUACUGGCGAUCAAAGUCCCCAGCGAUAUCAGUGUGCAAUGGUUGCGGUCAAUCGAUGCCAAUGCCAGCCGAGGAUUUCCAGGCACUGGCAAAUCAGGGCGUACUCUCUGACUCAUUCACCGAUGCCCUAAAUUUCAUCCCGAUAGCUGACACAGAAAGUCCAACAGAGUCCUGCAAUCCCCAGCCCCACACGUCAUCGCAAACAACAACGGAAAUGGCGCCCCCCAGAACUCCACUAUCGAGUCUCUCCUCAAAACGAAAAUUAUCAUCUGAGGAGCCCCCCACCGGUGACAUCAUCAAAAAACCAAGACGUACGAUCAAGUCACGUCAGGCCAAGCGCUCAAAAAUCUAAAUCAAUGGUACAAAAGAAAUGAAAAAAAUUACGAAAUGAAUGGAAAAAACACAAAGUAUCUAUUUACCAAUUUUUUCCUAUUUUCAUUUUUUUUUUAAUAAAGAAUAAUUGAGCCCACGUUAUUCAAUUCAGGUUCAGGAAGAAUGGUAAAACUGUGUGAAAAAAGUACAAAAUUAUUUCCCCCUUUGUUAAUAAUUAAACCAAAGGGGUAACUCAUUCUUUCGGCUCAGAAAAAUAAUAAAUAAUUAAACAAAAAAUUCUAAAUAAUUCCUGAUCGUCCAUUAGCAAUUGGGAAUUAACAAAAAAAUUAUGAAAAUAAUGUUGUGGGUCACACGUGUUCAGUAUGAACCUUUAGAUGAUUUAUUUUGAGAGUUUCAAUCAAUAUUUUGUGGGAGAGUGGUGAAAACAGAAUAUUUACAUUGUUGAUUUCAAAAAUAUCUCCGAAACCAGUGGGUUUGGAGAAACGUGUCAGAAGACCUUUUUUGUAGCUCAAUAAAUUCUCUAUAAAAAGGUUGUAUGAAGAAUUUGUCUAGACCUCGUUCCUUCGGAGAUAUUUUCGAAGUAAUCGGUACAUUAAUUUCGAACUGAUUUAUUGCAUAAUUUCGUCGAUAUCUCAGAAACUAUUGGGCUCUGAGAAAAAUAUCAAGAAAUGUCUCUUGAAAUUACCAAAACUUCACUAAUUUCCGAGAUAUUUGCGGAAUGAUCUCGUUGAUUCCACCGCGCCACUAAUUCAAUUUCUUUCUCUUUUUCCAAUGAACUGAAACAAGAAAAUACUGUAAUGAAUAACUUUAAAAAAAAUACUUAGGAGACAAUACCGAGGGAAAGACACUUGCCAUGCUGGUGAAUGGUGCCCACCGAGUGCCGAUACACCACUCGAGGGUGAGACAAAUCCAGAAUAAUUUUUCUUUAACUAGCAAAACCCAAUUUCCCCCCGAAUAAACUCAGAAUAAAAUACAAUAGAAAUUGUCUGAAAUUCCUCAGGAAUUUCUCAUAACAUUUUCUUUCAUUUUUCACUCAUAAUAAAUUAUGUUAAAUGGUACCUGAAGGAUUGAGAGAGGGGGGAAGAGGGGAGGGAAGAGAAAGGAAAAGAGAAGAUUUAAAAAAAAACACAAAUGGAGAACACGAAAACUGGUUCAGCUGCAGGUACUCCGUUGUAAUACGCACCAUAACAAAACCAUAUCAAUUAUUCUCCUCAUUCAAAACUUCAUAGAAACGUGUUUUUUUUUUAUUCUGGUUCUAAUUGCCACAGUAAAAAAAUGGAAUGAAUAGAUUAAUUAAUUAAUUAUAGUUGAUAGUUAAACACAAGGCCUUUCUCCGAAGGAUUAGAACAUUGAAGUGCAGAAAUUAAAAUGACCUCAAAUGAAAUAAUGAAAUGAAAAUCAGCUUUCAUAAUUAAUUCAAAUCUAUUUUAUUUUAUUUUUGAUUAAUCAACUUUUUGUUGCCCUUGUUUAUCCUCGAAGUAAGGGGAAUCAAUGAAUUUUCAAAUAACAGGAAAUAACGAUGAAAAGGAGUGUGGUUAGUAAUAUUGUGAAUUAUUCAUAAUUCUAGAUAUUAAAAGAAAAAUUAAAAUUAAAAAAAUAACUGAUAAUAAGUGAAUGAUACUUUAUUACGGAAUGAUAAUCCAAUAAUGAGAAAAUUGAUUGAGAAAAUAUAUAUAUGUUGAGUGGAGGUUGUAGUGGAAAAUUUUCCCCCAUUGAUUAACUGAAUUUAUUUGGGGAGUUUCUGCGUUGGAGAAAUAUUAAUCAAUCGAUUAUUGAUAAUUUAAGGAAUUAUUUUAGUAUUUUGGGUAUAAACUUGAAUUUUUGAUGUUUAUAUGUGGAAUAUUAAGUACAUUUUUAGUUUAUUAUCAUUUUUUUUGAGUGGAAGAAAAUUAUGUGGAGAGUUGGAAAGGAACAGGAAGACUUUUUGUAAACGUCUGGACAACUAAUGGGUUCAGAGCAAAAUUGUAUUGGACGACUGACAGAAAUUUCGGGGUCAUUUUUUCAUAAAACUACUUCUUUUCGAGAUAUUUGGGGAAUAGUGAGGAGAGAAUUUCCAGACUUACAAAUUUGGAAAUUGGUUUUCGAUUUCUGUGGAUUAUUUUAUGAAUAUCUCUGGAUAGUAGGGUUAGAAAAAGAUGUCAAAAGAUAUUUGUUGUAGGGAAUUCAGUGAGAAUUUAUUUCUAAAACGCCUUAUUAUUAAAAUAUUCACUAAAUAAUGGACAGAAAGAACGUAAUAAUUUCCAGACUUACGAAUUUGGAAAUUGAUGAUCGAUUUCUUUGGAUGAUUCUGCAAAUAUCUAUGGAAUUAGUAGAUUAAGAGGACGAUGUCGGAAAAUAUUUUAUAUAGAUCAUUGAAUUCUCUAUAUAAAAUCAUUAGCAAAGCGGUAAAACGAUUCAAGUCAAUUUAGACCUCAGCUGAGUUUUUGAGCAAUAUCUCCGAAUCUAAAGGAGAUAACAAAAGUUUCGGAAUGACCUUUUUGUGUGAAGCGAAUUGAGAGCUACAAAAAAUAUCUUGACAAAAAUGUUGCUAUCUCCCUUAGAUCCCGAGACAUUCAUUGAAAACUUCCACCUAAAACCCGUCAUUGAAAUAUUUACAGAAUCGUGAACCGCGCAAUUUGAAAAUUAACUUUGAAUUGAUCGUCUUCAUUAUCUCGCAAAUAUCUCUCAAAAUAGUAGGUUUAGGGCAAAAUAUCAGAAGAACUUGUCCAUAGUUUAUAAAAUUCUCUGUAAAAAACGUUUCGUCGUUUCUGUCAAUCUAAAAAUAUGUGAGAAAAGCCUUUUUGUCGCCUGUUCCACCGUUUCUCCACUAAAGUAUCACAAGAUGAUUAAUUGAUGGGCGACAGAGGGGAGCGAUAGGGGUGAAUGUGGUUGGAGACAAUUAUUGAACAGUAAAUAAGAAUUUGUGAUUGAAUGUAACGGGAAAAAAUCGGAGGCUUCUCUGGCUUCGUUUAGUUUUCUCGUAACAUUAAAUCACAAAAUUCAAUCAAAAGUUCAUUAUAUCUAGGAGUACGGAUUUUUGAUUUCCAUGUGGAGCUUUAUCGUUAUAAAAAUCGCUGAAAGUGACCUUUACACGGUUAAAUUCACGGUUGCGUGGAAUAAUUAACCAAUUCUCUUUCUUUGAAUGAACUUUUUGGUAGAACUGCAGGGAUGAGAUCCGCAUCAUCACCUUAAUGACAAAAAUUGAAAUUUCAAGUCACGUGUCGGCGCCUGAAAUUAAAGAUUUUAAUUCUGGGUAUCGAUUUACUGAAAUCAUCAACGAAUUUUCGAAUAAAUUAAAUUUUUUUUUAAAUUGUAAAAAUAAUAAAUAAAUGGAUUGUAAAUUUUCGGUUUCUGGCACGAUCCGUCCCCGAGUGAUAAGAGAGAAAAAACAAUAUUCAGAGAUGCGGAAAUGUGUGCAACAAUAUGGUUUAAAUACGUAGUAAAUAAUGAUGAUGAAGCAUGAUGCAAUCUCAUCCCCACAAAAACAAAGGAAAAUAUUGAAUGCAAUAACUUUGGAGCAUUGAAAUUGUGAAUAAAAAUUUCUUGAUUGAGUA